AUGAUCUCUCUUCACUCGUUCCGCGCCAGCCUGCCCCGGCGAUGCAUCGCCGCAACCUUCGGCAUCCGGACCUACGCUAGCCAAACACCUGGCAAUCCCAUGCUGGAGAUUUUCAAUCGCAAAGCCAAGAAUCUACAAAAGGAGCGAGCGGCUCGGAAUAAGGAAGAGAGCCGGAAGACGGACUAUUUGAAGGAUGAGGUGGCAUUGCGGUUAUGCGAGCGUCUGUUGGAUAUCAAGCGUGAUUUUCCUAAUGUACUCGAUCUGGGUGCAAACAGCUGUAACAUUGCGCGGGCAUUGACAACCCCAAACCUCGAUAUGGCUGCCCCAGAGGGUACGCCAACACCACCGCUGGCAGAGCGGAUUUCGAAGCUGACAUGUGUUGAAUCAUCGCACGCAUUGCUGCAUCGUGAUGAAGACUUGCCUUUCAAUAAAGAGAUCAACAUCCAUCGCGACGUGAUUCCGGACCUGGAGACAUUGCCGUACCAGCCGAACACAUUCGACGCCGUCCUGUCGUCACUAUCGAUUCACUGGAUUAAUGACCUGCCCGCCAUGCUCGAACAAGUGAACACUAUCCUCAAGCCCGACAGUCCGUUUAUUGCAGCUAUGUUCGGUGGAGACACCCUUUUCGAGCUGCGCGGAUCGCUUCAAUUGGCGGAUCUGGAGCGUCGUGGAGGUGUCAGUCCUCAUGUGUCACCCCUGGCCGAUGUCAGGGACGUGGGCAAUCUUUUGAACCGCGCAGGCUUCAAGAUGCUUACAGUUGAUGUCGAAGAUAUUGUGGUUGAGUUCCCCGAUACCUUUGCUCUCAUGCAAGACCUGCAGGCGAUGGGAGAAAGCAAUGCCAUCCUCCAUCGAGAAGCUGGUCCUUUGUCACGAGAUGUUUUAUUGGCCAACGAGGCCAUCUACAAGGCUAUGCAUAUGGAAGAUGAUGCGCCUGGUAUUCCGGCGACGUUUCGGAUGAUCUAUAUGAUCGGCUGGAAAGAGGGCGGUAAUCAGCCACAGCCAUUACAGCGCGGAAGCGGCGAGCUCAAUUUGAAGGACCUUCUCGGCGGCGGUGAUUUCCAAAAGCCAUAA